AAAGAAAACUCUUUAUUAAAAUGUUUGAAUAAUUUAUGUUCAAAAUCAUUCAAUUUCUCCAGUGCUUUUCAAGGAUAUAUGCAUUUUGGACAAGAAACAAAUAAAUUUCGCCGUGGUCUGUGAAAAUAUUAAACGUGACCAGUCGACGUUGGCCACUGCGCAAACGUGGCGCUAAAGAUGGCGGCCUCCAUACGGAGUCAUGAACGGGCACUGCAAACAAAGGAAUUCCCGCGUCACGGGUUCGCCUAGGUCGUCGUUGACAAUGCGGUUUGACGGCCGCGCACGCGCACCGUCGAUGUUAUUCGUUCGUGUUGUCCGCACAAUGGUGAUCGGUUGUCCCCGCCGGAUCCUGCGCGCGAUUUCUAUUCCACUGCGGGCCCAACCACCUCGCUCCCUUCACCAUCCUCGCAUACCAGCGUCCCGUAUUCGUACGCUCGUUAUUUAUUUCGCACCGUCGCCAUCGGCAAGUCAGACAACGCUGAACCGCUCGGAAUACGUUCCCACUUUCUUGCACGACUUUUCCAGCAGUUACGUGCACGACGUUUUCGCGAACCCAGCCACCCCUUAAAACUUCCACUUGCUCCGCAUACAGAAACAAGCGUUUGGUGUCGCACGCGGUGAAACGAUUUAACAACGCUACAAGGCAACACCAUGCAGUCGGCCAUUUUCGUCGUAAUUUUAGUUUUGCAUUUGGUAUGCAUUAAUACACAGAAUCCUGGAAGCUUAUUAAAAAAACACGGACGUAUUUGUAAAGUUAACAUUUGUAAGAAUGGAGGCUUGUGUGUUUUAGUAGAACAAAUGGAUGUAAAAAAAGAAACUUGUAUAUGUUCAUUUGAAUAUUCAGGAACUUUGUGUGAAAUAAAUAAUAAAGUAGCAUAUUUGUUUGAUGAUAUUUGUCUAAGCAUGCCUUGUAUGAAUUCUGGCACUUGUAUUUCCCAAGGAUCUAAAUACUUUUGCAAAUGCCCUAAUGGCUUUACUGGCAUUAAUUGUGAAAAAACUAUAAAAUGUAUUGACCUUUGUCUGCAUGCUGUAAAUUGUUAUGAUUAUGUUGGUGAAUACCAUUGUGAAUGUAAGCCCGGUUGGUCUGGACAGCGUUGUGAUCAAGACUUUAAUAAGACUCUUGGUAAUGUAUGUGGAUUAAACACUUGUAUUAACGGUGGAACUUGCACUUCAUUAAUUGGAAAAACUGACCAUAUUUGCGACUGCCCCCCUGGUUUUAUUGGUCAAUCAUGUGAAAUAGAUAUUGAUGAAUGCAUUUCCAAUCCAUGUUUAAAUGGUGGUACUUGUCAUGAUCUUAUUAAUGGUUUUAAAUGUAAUUGCAACAACAAUUAUACUGGAAUUCUCUGCCAAACACCAUUGGGUGCAUGUGCUAAAAAUCCUAACUCUUGUUUAAGUAAUGAUACUUGUCUUGAACCAACUUCAUCACUAAAUGAUUACUAUUGUAUAUGUCCUCAAGAUAAAAAUUGUAAGGUAAAUACUAAUGAUUGUUCAACGACCAAAUGUCCAACUGUAAAAGUUUGUGUUGAUGGUAUUACCACUUAUAAGUGCCAAUGCCCUGAAGAAUAUACCGAAGACUUUUGUUCAAAAUUAACAAAUUACUGUCAAAAAAGUCCUUGUAAAAAUAAUUCCACUUGUGUAGAUAAUCAUGAUGGUUUUACUUGCCUUUGUGCAUUUGGGUUUGAAGGUACGCUUUGUGAUCAAGACAUAAAUGAGUGUGAAGUUAGCAAAGAUAUAUGCCAUAAUGGACUUUGUAUUAAUAAAAAUGGAACCUAUCAGUGUUACUGUCAACCUGGGUAUUCUGGUGACAAUUGUGAUCUCAACUUAAACGAAUGUUUGUCUUUGCCUUGUCUUAAUGGUGCAACAUGUGAGGAUAAAAUUAAUGGAUAUAAUUGCAUUUGCCCUGAUGGAUAUUCUGGAAAACAAUGUCAUAUUAAUGUGGAUAAAUGCAUUUUGAAUCCUUGUUUGAAUGGUGCUACAUGUAUUAGAGAAAUGGAGUCAUUUAUAUGUUCAUGUCGGUAUGGUUUUGGCGGAAAGCUCUGCGACAUAAAUAUAAAUGACUGCACUUCUUCUUCAUGUAAAAAUAUGGGAUUAUGUAUCGAUGGAAUUCAGAGUUAUGAAUGUGACUGCACAGAUACAGGAUUUGAAGGGAAUCAUUGUGAAAUAAAUAUCAACGAUUGUUUAUAUAACCCAUGCAAAAAUAAUGGUACUUGUAUCGAUGAGACUAAAGGUUAUUCUUGCAGUUGUUCAAUUGGUUAUGCAGGAAAAAAUUGUGAUAUUUAUUUAAAUGAAUGUGCAAGUAAUCCUUGUCAAUAUGGGAGCAUUUGUGUUGAACGUUAUGAUCCAGUGUUUAAUUAUCAUUCAAAUAAAAUAAAUGUAUCAAUGCAAUUUCAACAAGAGUUGAAUUAUACGCUUAGAACUGACAAUAAUAAAUUUGAAUGUAUCUGUUCUCCUGGUACAACUGGUGUCAAAUGUGAGACUAUUCUAACCAAUCCAGAUUCAUCAACAGGAUACCUUAUAUUAAAGAUUUUUAUUAUUAUUGGUUUAGGUAGUCUGAUUGCAUAUAUCGUGUUGAUUAAUCGUACACGAAUUGGUAGGUAUAAGCAAAAUUGUUUUGGGUAUUUACAACCUGAUAUAGAAAUGGUUAGUUUCCCAAGUGCAGAACCAGAACAAUUCAUUUAAUAAUAUUUUAAGUUGUUUAGUAAUAGCGUAUUGAUAAUAAUAAAAUCCGUGUACAUGAUAUUAAUCUUUAUAUUUUUAAAUUUUAAUUUUUAAUUUUUUUUUUUAUACGCCAUAUUCUUAUUUUUGAUAAUCAGUAGCUAUAUUAUCACUACCUAAUUUGAUUUAUUAUUAGUUGAUUAAUAAUAUAUAU